AUGAAUCGCCGGCUGAGGUCUCCAGCUCGCUCCGAAAGCGAAUUUGAUAUUGGCACUGCCUUAUUCGGAGACGACGCUGGGGGCGAGUUGAGUCGCUCCGAUAAUGAAGAUGGACACAUUCAAGAUGGCGAUCUCGACGUCAUGGCGGAGGAAUCCGGAGUUGACGACGAGGCGAUCAUUGCUGCUCAGCAAGCUGCGUCGAAUCGCAAAGGGGCCAACCUCAAGGGCCGAACGGUGAAAAAAGGUGGUGGAUUUCAGGCAAUGGGUCUAAAUGCCCAUCUGCUCAAAGCGAUAACGAGAAAAGGAUUCUCCGUUCCUACGCCUAUCCAGCGCAAAACAAUUCCUCUCCUUCUCGGCGACAAGGAUGUGGUGGGCAUGGCACGGACGGGAUCUGGCAAGACGGCUGCGUUUGUCAUUCCCAUGAUUGAGAAAUUGAAAGCCCAUAGCUCCAAAGUGGGAGCACGGGCUCUGGUUCUAUCGCCUUCAAGAGAACUUGCUCUGCAAACACUGAAAGUCGUCAAAGAGUUUGGACGAGGUUCGGAUCUCAGAUCUAUUCUCCUUGUGGGUGGUGACAGUCUUGAGGAGCAGUUCGCGGCCAUGUCCCGCAAUCCAGAUAUCGUUAUUGCCACUCCGGGCAGAUUUCUUCAUUUGAAAGUUGAAAUGGGUCUGGAUCUUUCGAGCAUGAGAUACAUUGUGUUUGAUGAGGCCGAUCGAUUGUUUGAAAUGGGGUUUGCUGCGCAAUUAACUGAGAUUCUUCAUGCUCUGCCUGCUUCUCGUCAGACAUUGCUCUUUUCUGCAACCCUACCAAAAUCACUGGUUGAAUUUGCCCGGGCGGGUCUUCAGGAUCCUCUCCUGGUUCGACUCGAUGCAGACAGCAAGAUCUCUCCCGAUUUGCAAAGUGCUUUCUUCACAUUGAAAUCUUCGGAGAAGGAAGGCGCAUUGUUGCAUCUUCUCCAAGAUAUAAUCAAAGUCCCGACAAAAUCUCAAUUGAUUUCGUCAGCGUCUCCCGCCGACGUCUCCAAAUCCAACAAAAAGAGAAAGAGACCGGAAAUGGAGGAAGAAAAAUUGCCAAACUCGAAUCCUUACUCGACUAUCGUUUUCGCGGCGACCAAGCAUCAUGUCGAAUAUCUGGCGCAAAUGCUUCGUUUAGCUGGAUACGCCGUUUCCUAUGUCUAUGGCUCUCUUGACCAAGCGGCUCGAAAAGCCCAAGUCCAGGCGUUUCGAACUAGUCAGACAAACGUCCUGGUGGUCACCGAUGUUGCUGCAAGAGGUAUCGAUAUACCUGCCUUGGCCAAUGUGAUCAAUUACGACUUUCCCUCGCAACCAAAGAUCUAUGUCCACCGGGUUGGCCGCACAGCUCGAGCCGGCCAAAAAGGCUGGAGCUACAGUCUAGUGCGAGACGCAGACGCUCCUUACCUGCUCGAUUUGCAGCUUUUCCUCGGUCGCAAAUUGGUGAUUGGGCGAGCAAAUGGAGUGGAAGCCAAUUUUGCCCAAGAUGUCGUGGUGGGAAGUCUUCGACGAGAAGAGCUCCAGACAAGUUGCGAAUGGAUCACAAAGUCCCUGGAAAGCGAUAUAGAUCUUUCUGGCCUGCGCUCCGUGGUAUUGAAAGGCGAGAAAUUGUAUCAACGAUCCAGAAAUUCUGCUUCCCCUGAGAGUGCCAAAAGAUCGAAAAAGCUCGUUUCUUUGCAGUCCUGGUCGGAACUGCAUCCCUUAUUUAGUGGUCAAGCAGACGAUCUGGAAAUAGAGCGAGAAAAGAUGCUUGCAAGAGUGGGAGGUUUUCGGCCGCAAGAAUCUAUUUUCGAAAUUGGCGCUCGUCGAGGAGGUCGUAGGAACAAUGAAGAGGCAGUGGACGCAAUAAGAAAGAUCCGAUACGGCCUUGAAAAUCGGAAGCAAAAAUCUCUAGGCGCCUCGAAGGCGGCAGAAAAAGAUAUUCUCGACGAGGAACCUCACCCAGCAAACACAAAUAAACCCACAAACAAUGACGAUGGCGAUGGCGAAGCUGAAGCAGACUUCAACGAUGGCAUGUCUAUGGCCUCAUCUUCCGACCUUGGCGUCACUUUUUCAGAACCGCAACCCAAGAAGAAACAAAAAUCACAUGAAGACAACACCUCCUUCCGCGACCCCGAGAAUUUUAUGUCCUACCACCCCUCAUCCACAAACCUUUUAGACGACCGGGCCUACGGAGUGCAUUCAGGAAGCAAUAGCAACAAUGCAUACCUGCGUUUCGCAGAAGCCGCGCGCUCAGCAACAAUGGACUUGGCUCAGGACGAGGCUGGCAAAAACUUCGGCGAAGCCCACGGCAUCAUGCGCUGGGACAAGCGGCACAAGAAGUAUGUACGACGAGCCAACGAUGAUGACGGGUCCAAGGGAUCCAGCACGCGCCUCGUCCGCGGCGAGUCCGGCGCAAAAAUUGCAGCAAGUUUCCGCAGCGGACGCUUCGAGCGCUGGAAGAAAGACCAUCGCGUGGACCGUGUACCGCGCGUGGGCGAAGCUGAAAAUAAUUCCAUCGAUGUCCCCACCUUAGGAGUUGGAGCUGGAAAUGGGGUGGGGUCAGGCGCAGGAAAGCGGUUUCGACACAAGUCCAACAAGGCGCCUAAAGCGCCAGACAAGUAUCGCGAAGAUUACGAGAAGCAGAAGACGAAAGUGGCGGGGGCGAAGGAGCGGCAAGCGGCGAUGGGCUUGGGCUUGAAAGGGAAUAAGAGAGAGCUCAGGUCUGUUGACCAUGUGGUCAAGGAACGUAGGGCGAAGGAGAAGAGAAGAGAGAAAAAUGCUAGGCCGAGGAGGAAGGGGAGAAUGUAA